AUGAUCAAGGACGACAAGACCACCAUGCCCAACUGGAAGCGCCUCAGCGUUGGUGUAGUUGGUGGUGGCAUUGGUGGCAUUUCAGCAGCCAUCGCCCUCCGCCGCGCAGGCCACCAAGUCAUAAUCUACGAGCGAUCUGACUUCGCUGGAGAAGUCGGCGCCUCAGUAUCUUGCGCCGCCAAUGGAACACGCUGGCUUCACGAGUGGGACGUUGACGUCGCCAAGGGAGAUCCCGUCGUUCUCAAGAAGCUCAUCAACCGCGACUGGAAGACGGGUGAGCCUGUGAGCGUUUACGAUCUAGAGGAUUAUGAAAAGAGAUGGGGUUUUGUGUAUAACAUGUUCCAUCGACAGUAUAUGCAUGCUAUGUUGAAGGAUACUGCUAUGGGUGAGGGAGAGGGCAUUCCUGUUAAGCUGGAAGUCAAGCAUCGUUGCUCUGCCAUCGACAUUCCCACAGGAACAAUCACCUUUGAGAAUGGAGUCACCGCCCAACAUGACCUGAUCGUUGGCGCUGACGGCAUUGGUUCCGCCGUGCGAGGAAUCUUGGGCGUUCACCCAGAAAAGAAGCCUUCUGACCAAAGUUGCCUCCACUGCAACGUCACCACCGAAGAGGCCGUAAAGGCUGGACUCGUUGAUUACUCCCUAAAUAGCGCCCUCGAGUACUGGGGCGGCCAGGAAGGAAAAUGGGACAAGAUCGUCCUGUCUCCCUGCAACGGCGGCAAACUCCUCUCAUACUACUGCUUCUUCCCUCGAGAGCAAGGCGACUACACCACACAGGCAUGGGGCUCAGACAGUCUUCCCGUUGAAGACCUCCUCAAGCCGUAUCCUCAACUCGAUAGCCAAGUCCUCGGACAUCUUGCAAUCGGCAAGGAGAUCCAGCCCUGGCGAUUGUGGGUGCACAAGCCUUAUCCCUAUGUCCAAAAGGGCAACGUUUGCCUUAUCGGAGAUGCUGCCCACCCUAUGAUGCCUCAUCAGUCUCAGGGUGCAUGCAUGGCUAUUGAAGAUGCUGCUGCCUUGGGAAUUCUGUUCAAUAAGAGAUACUUCAACGGAGAUAUUCGACAAGCAUUGGCUGUAUAUGAAAAGGUCCGUUUGCCCAGGGCUACUCGAGUCCAAGCAGCCGCGGCCAAGGCAGCCUAUAACAUCAACGAAAGAAUUGGCUUUUCCGUCAACAAAGACACUUCUACAUAUAAGGUCGAGAACGAGAAGGAGGUUCUCACCAUCGAAGAGAUGAACACAUAUGAUAUGUACCGAGAUAUCGAGGAAAAGUUGGCAAAGGAGCAAGGGGACAAGUACAGUGGAGGCUUCAUGAAUGGCUUGCCUCUGGGAUUGGAGCUACCUAAUGGAGUUGUUAUUGGAGCAUAA